GCGUCCCGGCCUCCGCGCCCGCCGGGCUCGGCUCCGACCUUGCAGCGGCGCAGCGCGGGCGGGCGGCGCGGGGCGAGCUCGGCGCCCGCGGACCCCCGGCGGCGGAGCGACCCCACGCCCCCGACGAGCGGAGCCUGCGGCAGCCCCCUGGCCGCGGCCCACCUGGUGCCUCACAGAUUGGACCUCACACACGGACCAUGGCAUCCUCGCCCCCGUGAGCCCCAGCUGCCCCACGUGCCGCCCACCGCCAGCCAGCAGGAUGCGGCUGUGGAAGGCGGUGGUGGCGACCCUGGCCUACGUGAGCCUGGACGUGGGCGUGACCACGACCAUCUACGUCUUCAGCCACCUGGACCGCAGCCUGCUGGAGGACAUCCGCCACUUCAACAUCUUCGACUCGGUGCUGGACCUGUGGGCCGCCUGCCUGUACCGCAGCUGCCUGCUGCUUGGGGCCACCAUCGGCGUGGCCAAGAACCGCGCCCUGGGUCCCCGGCGGCUGCGGGCCUCGCGCACGGCCAUCACCCUCGUGUGCCUCUUUGUGGGCACCUAUACCAUGGUCAAACUGCUGCUCUUCUCCGAGGUCCGCCGGCCCAUCCGAGACCCAUGGUUCUGGGCCCUCUUCGUGUGGACGUACAUCUCGCUGGCCGCCUCCUUCCUGCUCUGGUGGCUGCUGGCCGCCGUGCGGCCGGACGCCGAGGCCCUGGACGCCGAGGCCGACGGCUUCCCCGCCGAGGGCCGGCCUCCGCCCGAGCAGGCGUCCGGGGCCACGCUGCAGAAGCUGCUGUCCUACACCAAGCCUGAUAUAGCCUUCCUCGUGGCCGCCUCCUUCUUCCUCAUCGUGGCUGCCCUGGGAGAGACUUUCCUGCCCUACUAUACGGGCCGUGCCAUUGACAGCAUCGUCCUGCAGAAAAGCAUGGAGCAGUUCAGCGCGGCUGUCACCGUCGUGUGCCUGCUGGCCAUCGGCAGCUCGUUUGCCGCAGGUACCCGGGGCGGCAUCUUCACCCUGGUGUUCGCCAGACUCAACGUGCGCCUGCGCAGCUGCCUCUUCCGCUCGCUGGUGUCCCAGGAAACAAGCUUCUUCGAUGAGAACCGCACAGGUGACCUCAUCUCCCGCCUCACCUCGGACACCACCAUGGUCAGUGACCUGGUGUCUCAGAACAUCAACAUCUUUCUGAGGAACACGGUCAAGGUCACGGGCGUGGUGGUCUUCAUGUUCAGCCUGUCCUGGCAGCUGUCCCUGGUCACCUUCAUGGGCUUCCCCAUCAUCAUGAUGGUGUCCAGUGUCUACGGCAGAUACUACAAGAGGCUGUCCAAGGAGGUCCAGAACGCCCUGGCCAGAGCCAGCAACACAGCCGAGGAGACCAUCAGUGCCAUGAAGACAGUGCGCAGCUUCGCCAACGAGGAGGAGGAGGCCGAGGUGUACCUGAGGAAGCUGCAGCAAGUGUAUAAGCUCAACAGGAAAGAGGCAGCCGCCUACAUGUACUACGUCUGGGGCAGCGGGCUCACGCUGCUGGUGGUCCAGGUCAGCAUCCUCUACUAUGGGGGCCACCUCGUCAUCACAGGACAGAUGACCAGCGGCAACCUCAUCGCCUUCAUCAUCUAUGAGUUUGUCCUGGGGGACUGCAUGGAGUCCGUGGGCUCCGUCUACAGUGGCCUCAUGCAAGGCGUGGGCGCAGCCGAGAAGGUGUUUGAGUUCAUCGACCGGAAGCCAACCAUGGUGUAUGAUGGAAGCUUGGCCCCCGACCACGUGGAAGGCCGCGUGGACUUUGAGAACGUGACCUUCACCUACCGCACACGGCCCCACACCCAGGUCCUGCAGAAUGUCUCCUUCAGCCUGACCCCGGGCAAGGUGACAGCCCUGGUGGGGCCCUCGGGCAGUGGCAAGAGCUCGUGCGUGAGCAUCUUGGAGAACUUCUACCCCCUGGAGGGGGGCCGCGUGCUGCUGGACGGCAAGCCCAUUGGCGCCUAUGACCACAAGUACCUGCACCGGGUGAUCUCCCUGGUAAGCCAGGAGCCUGUACUAUUCGCCCGGUCCGUCACAGACAACAUCUCCUAUGGCCUGCCCGCUGUGCCCUUCGAGAUGGUGGUGGAGGCCGCCCAGAAGGCCAACGCCCAUAGCUUCAUCAUGGAGCUCCAGGAUGGAUACAGCACAGAGACCGGGGAGAAGGGCGCCCAGCUGUCAGGCGGCCAGAAGCAGCGUGUGGCACUAGCCCGGGCUCUGGUGCGGAACCCCCCUGUCCUCAUCCUAGAUGAAGCCACCAGCGCGCUGGACGCCGAGAGCGAGUACCUGAUCCAGCAGGCCAUCCACGGGAACCUGCAGAAGCACACAGUGCUCAUCGUGGCACACCGGCUGAGCACGGUAGAGCGGGCACACCUCAUUGUGGUGCUGGACAAGGGCCGCGUGGUGCAGCAGGGCACUCACCAGCAGCUGCUGGCCCAGGGCGGCCUCUACGCCAAGCUGGUGCAGCGCCAGAUGCUGGGGUUCGAGCCCGCCUCGGACUGCACAGCGGGCCGCACGGAGCCGCCAGGCAACGGAUGUCUCAAGGCCUGAGCCUGUCCCUGGGCGCCGCUUCUCCUGGGGCUGGGAGGGGUUCUCGCCUGUCACAUGUGUUUGGGCAACUCCUCACCAAGCUUCCCUGCUGCCCUCUGCACCCUGGAGGGAGACCUGCCAUGCCCUCCGUGUGUCACUGCUUCCUGCAUCUCGCCCCAUCCCAGCCUGCUCCCCGCACUGCCAGGAGCCCCGACCCGGCCCUCCAGGGGCUCCGAGCCAAGCUCAACAGGGCUCCCUUCUUACACCAAGGUCUCACCAGGGUUCCAACUGCUUGGUUGGAUGCUGCCCUGUCAACUCCUAGGUUUCAAAGCGUUGUUCUUUCUUGGGAGUAGCAGUGGGCAAGUUCACCAAGAUGUGCUAGAAACUCCUGAGUCAGGGAGGCUCAGUGGAGAACGAGACUCCCUCCUAUGGCGAGGUGGGGAUUCCCGCCCCAAGAGGGUAGCAGAAACCGCACUCUGGGCCCCCCCUUCCCAGCGCCCCGAGGCUGGCCAGGGCUGGGGGGGGAGCAGCAGGGGGAGGGGUGCCCUUCUUGAGGCCCCCUCUGCCUGCCAGUCGGAGCCAGUCUCACUGUGAACCACCACGAACCUCAACAGCGGAGGGGCUGGCCAUGCCGGGCAGGGUUGCUGGGGUGCCCGCAGCCCUGCCUCAUCCCCACCCCAUCUCCCCCUGCACCGGCUGGCAGCCCCCUCCCAUGCUCCCCCGUCCCCGCCCACUGCUCUGCUAU